UGUUUUGUAUUUGGAAGCGAGUAUUUAUUUUAUUCARUMGAAGCGGAAASGURAAAAAAUUCUUUUUUAUUUAUAUGUUAGCUGACUAAAUGUGCGCAAGCGAUUUCCAAAGUCAAAGACUGUGAUCCUUUGUGAUAUUUAGCAUGUCCAUUCAAACGGGUCUGGCGUUCAUAUUCACAAUAUUAGCUUCCGUUAGUAUUGUAGCUGCUAUUAUUUUGUUGGGCUGGUUUUUGAUUUGGAAGGCGUUUCUAUCCAAAUUUCGUCUGGUGCGUGAGCUGUUGGGACAAGAGGAGCUGGAGGAACCGCAGCUGGUUGGUGGAGAGCAAAAUCAAAACGUUCGAGCACGUAAAGCGCGACGUGACUAAGCCUAUCUACACACAAG